AUGGCAGAGAGAAUGAUCCCCUUCUCCCUGGGACGCUCUCCCAGCUGGGACCCCUUCCGUGACUGGCACAGCCGCAUUUUUGACCAGACUUUUGGGAUGCCUGCACUGACAGAAGAAGCGCUCCACACUCCUCACUGGCCCGGCUACUUCAGGCCUCCAUUCCUGCCUCACGACAUGAGCUCCAUGAUGGGAUCCAUGGUGUACCCAGCCCCUGCCAUAGCCCAGCAGCAGGCCCGCACCCUGGCAAGACAGAUGAGCACUGGGAUGUCCGAGAUCAAACAGACUCAGGACAGCUGGAAGGUGUCUCUGGAUGUCAACCACUUCUCACCUGAGGAGCUGGUGGUGAAGACCAAAGAUGGAGUUGUAGAGAUCAGUGGCAAACAUGAGGAGAGGAAGGACGAGCACGGCUUUGUGUCCAGAUGCUUCACGAGGAAAUACACUCUUCCAUCCUCUGCCAACGUGGAGAAGGUGACCUCAUCCCUGUCCCCAGAUGGAGUGCUCACUAUCGAGGCCCCGCUUGCCAGAGCGGCCCUGGAGUCCUCUGAAACCACCAUUCCUGUUACAGUUGAUAAAAGUGCAGUAGCAAAGAAGUAA